CUAUCACAUAUUAAGUGUCCUCGCACUUGUGCAGCUGCUCUUUCAAUCGAAGUUUGAGAACUUUCAUCUCAAGCCUGGUUGAACUUCCAAACAAAGCGACUCCGUUUGAGUUUCGGUGAACAGCGGGGAUUCUAUUCUUCUAAUUGCUUUUUUCUCUAAACUUUUUGUGAGCGCAGGACUUGUGAUCAUGAAGCUGGAGGUUUUCCGCGGGACGCAUCACCACGCGAAACCACCGGAGACGUGCAGCGACGCUGAGACCAGUGUGCCGUCUCCGCUGUCCGGGGAAGACGAACUGGGGUCAGAUGGUGAUUGCGCAGCACACAGCCCGUGCGCACCUGUCGCGUCUUCCGCCGCCAUGUCCUCUGCAGCAGUGCGCAUUGAGGGCAAGGACAAAGGCAAGCCUUACACACGCAGACCAAAGCCGCCUUACUCGUACAUCGCCCUGAUCGCCAUGGCCAUCCGCGACUCCAGCUCGGGCCGCCUCACGCUCGCUGAGAUCAACGACUACCUCAUGCGCAAGUUCCCAUUCUUCCGCGGCACCUACACGGGCUGGCGCAACUCGGUGCGCCACAACCUGUCGCUGAACGACUGCUUCCUGAAGGUGCUGCGCGACCCCUCGCGCCCCUGGGGCAAAGACAACUACUGGAUGCUGAACCCACACAGUGAAUACACGUUUGCCGACGGCGUGUUCCGGCGACGCAGGAAGCGAAUUGGCAAAAAAUCGGGCCGGGAGCAGGAUGAGAGCACAAACCAAGCCUCCACGGACUCUAUAAACGCGCCCUCAGCGGCAACCAAGUUCACAAGCCCGUUCGCCAUCGACAGCAUCCUAAGCCGACCUUUCCGCAAAAGGGAGCAGCCGGAGGACAUCGCUGCGGCCACUUGGCAUGGGGGUGCCCCCGCACCAGCGCCUUACGUCACGCGCGGGGCACCGCUUCACGCGCUGGUGGAUGCAAGCACCGCGGUGCACACGCUCCGCGCCUACGGGAUGAUGGGCGUCGCGUUUGAGGACUUGGCCGCUGGGAUGCGGCAUGACAGAGACUUUCUCAGCGCUCCGCUAAGCUCAGAUCGCCUUCCGGUCCCGAGAAUUACACCAAACACCGCACACGCGUCCACUAAACCUGGAGCUUUUCACCCGUUUCAAAUAGACUACUUAUUAUCCUAAUGGCGCACAGGACAAUGUCUUAUUUGGCACUUUAUUCGUACUGGACUUUGAACAGAAUACAUUUCAUUAAGAAGUUGCCACCAGUGAUCUGGGAACUUUGUAAUUAAAUGGAGUACAUGCACAAAUACAGGAAAUGAUUUCUGCCCUGUCAGUAAAUACUGUUGUGUAAUAAUGUAAUAUCAUGUAUUUAUGAUGUGCUGUUGGUCAUUUUCCCCUCGUGUUUCCCCAGAUUCCUUUCUUGUUCAGGAAUGUGGCUGCAGUGGGGAUUUUUAAAAUAUCAAUUUGCUUACUCUGUCGUCUUUGAAAACAAUGACACUGACAGCUAUAUGUUGUUGCUUUUGCUGCAGUUGUUGUUGUUUUAAUGAGAAGGUCAGCUUUUCACAGUGACAAGCUGAGCUCUGACUGUAAACUGGACAGCACUUCUAAUGUCUACUGAAAAGAAAGAAUGCAUGCGAAUUUUUAAACUGAGCAAUAAAAUUUUAUUUCUGUUA